UCUAACCUUUUUAUAUUUUCAUUGCUUCAAACAUUCCAUCACAUUAUUAUUUGGUCUGCAUGGGAGCCAAUUUAUCUGCAGCGGAAUAUAAAGCCGCCAAGGAAGCCUGGGUGACAGGACAUACUGGUGGUUCUAUGAUGGAAGCUACACUUGUCACAGCCUCUGCAUUAACGACAUUCCUUCUCUGGACAAGCAUUCAAAAAUACCAUCCCAAAUCACCUGCCCACCAGGCUCUCAACGUCACCUCCAAACAGGCCAAAGCUAGGGCUUGGAAUAGUGUUGGAUCAUUUCUGUUGGAUUUUUCCACCUUAGUGAUGCCAAUGCUCUUGAGUUGUACCUUGUUUUCGGAUUAUGCCUAUCUAUGGACUUUUGCCCUUUUAGCCUUUGCAGGUGCUGUCAGAUCCGUCUGCGGACCAAGUGAACAUGAGGUCUUGAAGAAAGAGAAGAAACGUUUCAAGUGGAAGGAUUCAGACGAUGAAUUUUCUGCAGAUGAUCAGGAUGGUGAUAGUAAUAGUAAUGAACCAGAAGUGAGCAAAGGAUUGGGAACGACUCUCUCGCAAGGACAUGAUCAGGACCAGGACCAGGAUGGAGGCCUUCGCCACCGUAAAGAGCCGCGCGAACCAGAUCACCACUCAGCUUUACAAUUGGAUAGUUCUAAUAUAGACAUAACUAAAAACCUUAAGCCCUCGAAACAUGUUGAAAAUCCGCGCAAGAUCUUUUUAAGUGUUUAUCGUGCGGGAAUGAUGAUCAUGACUUGUAUCGCUAUUCUGGCAGUGGAUUUUCCGAUUUUCCCUCGUCGGUUUGGCAAAGUCGAAGUCUAUGGCACUUCUCUGAUGGAUCUUGGAGUUGGAUCAUUCGUGUUUUCAUCUGGAGUUGUUUCUGCCCGUGGAUACCUCAAAAAAGAGACGAUGUCCUUUGGAAAACAGAUGGCGAUUGCUCUCCGUACCUCCAUUCCUUUGUUGAUCCUGGGUCUGGGUCGCUAUAUCUCCACCAAGGGUGUUGACUAUCAGGAACACGUCACUGAGUAUGGCAUGCAUUGGAACUUUUUUUUCACGCUUGGUUGCUUGCCUAUCUUCGUCACUUUCUUCAGGAGCCUUGCAAGUCAUGUGCGCUUUUCGCUAUUAGGAGUUGCCGUCGCUGUUGUUUACCAAGUCUUUUUAUCGUACGGAGGAUUGGAAGACUAUAUCCAGAAUGCGCCUCGCGUCGACAUCAUCAGUAUGAAUAAGGAAGGCAUCUUCAGUUUUGCAGGUUACUUAGCUAUUUUCUUGGUCGGUGUCGAUGUAGGUCUGUAUGUCCUCCCCAAUGAUCCUUAUUAUUUUGUGCGUCGUAAGAGUAACAAGAAGAAGGCCAAGAAAGGCAAACUGGCCAUGAUCCUCCUCAGUCUCGACUUCUUGCUUACGAUGGGUUUCAUCACCAGUUAUGGCAUCCUCCAUAUCCCCGUUUCACGUCAAAUGGCAAACUUAUCAUACUUCUUCUGGGUGAUUACGUUCAACGUUGGCUUUAUCCUCUGCUUCUUAUUAGCAGAGAUUAUCAUCACUGCCAAUGAGCCUUCAGCGUUGGCAAUUGCACGUGCGCAGGCUAAAGCUAAUCUCACAACUGCAGGCAGUAGUAAAAAAAAUCAACGUCCUGCUGCAACAGUUCUUCUACCACCAUUGACAUGCCCACCUCUUCUCGAAGCCGUCAACCGUAACGGAUUGGCCGUGUUCUUGGUCGCCAAUGUUCUGACAGGCCUAGUCAAUAUGACCGUAAAGACUCUCUAUACCCCCACGCCACAAGCCUUGGCUAUCUUGACUGUAUAUAUGGCAGCUGUUUCAGUUUUGGCGUGGACCUGGCAGGUCUUGGGAUGGAAAUUGAAGCUCUGAUUCCCCCCCCCCACCUCUCUUUGGCUGAUGAGAUUGAUUAAUAUCUAGAAAAUAUGUAUACAAAAUAUAUAAAAUAAUUAAAAAAUCAGAG